UGUUACUGGAAUUAGAGUUGGUGUGGGAGCAGGGGAGAGAGGCGCGUGGCUUUAUUGUGGAAGAAAAUCCCAUUCAGGUGAAAUAAAAGUUGAAUGUUUGGAAUAUAACCAGAUCCCCCUGGUCUUAGCAUGGACCUCAGCACCAUCUUUGUGCUUCUCCUGCUGGCACACAGCGCAAUGCAACAAACAACAAAUGAGAUCAUAAACGGAAAUGAUACCACAUUGCAAGAGACAACAGCCACUGACAGUGCAAUUCCAGAGAGCACAACACCAGAGACUGUAUUCACUGAAAGUGGUAUCACAACCGAAACACAAACAGGCGCCACGAUACCAGAGACAACAUUCACUGAAAGCGACACUACAACAGAAAUCUAUACAGGCACCACGGUACCUGAGACAACAUUCACUGAAAGCGACACUACAACAGAAAUGUAUACAGUCACCAUAAUACCAGAGACAAAGAGACCAGAGACUAAAAGCGACAUUACAACAGAAAUAUUUACAGGAACCACAAUACCAGAGACAGCAUUCACUGAAAGCGACACUACAACAGAAAUGUAUACAGCACACAGCGCAAUGCAACAAACAACAAAUGAGAUCAUAAACGGAAAUGGUGUUCUGUAUGAAUACGGGAACGCAACUGACAGUCUGACCGCAAGAACUGAUGGUGGUGCCGUGUUGGUAGAUCUUACUGUCAACUUCCCUUUUGGGGGAAACACCUAUUCUUCUUUUUACGUGAGCAACUAUGGAUACCUGAAUUUCAGUGGACCCCUUAUUGCCCCGUUUCUGGCACAAAUUUCUACCGCAGUAUCUGGUGACAUUUACUACCGGCAGAGCGCUGAUCCCAGCCUCCUGGCAAACGCAACGCAAGACAUCAACACCUACUUUCCAGGUUUAGGGUUCUCUGCCCAGUGGGUGUUUAUAGCGACAUGGGACAAGGUGCCACAGAAUGGAGGAACUGCCAGUCAGGUGAAUACGUUCCAGGUUGUUCUCAUCACAGAUGGGACCAUUUCAUUUGCUCUUUUUAACUAUGCGGAUAUUCAGUGGACAACUAAUGCACAGGCUUUUUGGUACAACGGAACCCAAGUUUAUCAGUUAAAUACACCAGGAUCUGUUUUCAAUUGGACAACCUCAAGUAACGUUAACUAUCCUGGGCGGUGGGCUUUCAUGGUAGGCACAGUACAACCUGUAGAGAGCACAACACCAGAGACUGUAUUCACUGAAAGUGGCAGCACAACCGAAACACAAACAGACGCGACGGAACCAGAGACAACAUUCACUGAAAGCGACACUACAACAGAAAUGUAUACAGGCACCAUAAUUCCAGAGACGACAUACACCCCCAGCUACUUUACAACAUAUUCACAAACAGCACAAAGCACAAUACAGCAAACCACAGAGCGUCAAGUCAUAUACAGAAAUGCUCUUCUCUAUCCGUACGGCCCAGGACUUGAUUUUGUCACCAUAAAAUCUGACGAUGGCGCAUCUGAGGCAAUACAACUCUCUAUGAAUAUUUCUAUUUUUGGAAAAUCCUUUUCCUCGUUGUAUAUUGACACUAAUGGUCUGAUAUCAUUUAAUUUACCAAUAUAUACAUACACACCCGCUCAUCUCCCCGCUAUAGGGAACAUGUUCAUUGCACCUUUUUGGGCCGACGUGUACAACGUAUUUCAAAGUGACAUAUAUUACCGGGAAAGCACAGAGGCAUCACUACUAUCCCAAGCUACGAGUGACAUUAGAAGAUAUUUCCAUAAUAUGAACUUCUCUGCCAAGUGGGUCUUUGUGGUCACGUGGCAUAAAGUCCCUUAUUUUGGAUCCUCCUCCAGCAAGGUGAACACAUUUCAGGCUGUGAUUACUACAGAUGGGAACCUUACUUAUGUCAUGUUUAACUAUGGAGACAUUGAGUGGACAACUGGCACUGCCAGUGGCGGAUCCAGUGUCUCAGGACUUGGGGGUAUACCUGCUUUGGCCGGUAUAAACAGUGGCAACUUCACUGGGUUCUAUGAAAUACCCGGGUCUAUGUCUGCCUCCAUUAUUAACUUGGCGUCCACAAGUAAUGUUGGCUUUUCUGGACGCUGGGCUUUCCAAGUGAACGAUUUGAUCCCUGAUGUCCUUAAUGGAAAGACAACUCUACUCUACCCAUACGGAUAUGCCCUUGACACGGUCACUGAAGGUCUAGAUGAUCAUGCACCCUAUUCUGUUAAUCUGUCUACUGUCAUACCCAUUUUUGGGACUAAUUACUCCUCUCUAUACGUGAACUACAAUGGUUUAAUAUCAUUCAGCGCGCCAGUGGGGCCACAGACACCCCAAAACCUGCCAUUGUCUAACAUUGCUUUCCUGGCCCCAUUUUGGACUCAUGUGUCUAGCUAUGUAGGAGGCUAUAUAUUUUUCCGUCUGAGCAGAGAUGCCGAACUUCUUUCACGUGCCACAUCUGACAUCAGCAGUUAUUUCAAUAUCACAUACUUCUCUGCACAGUGGGUGCUCGUGGUGACAUGGAGCAGAACUGAAAAUAUUACCAAUAAGGUGAACACAUUUCAGACCAUCCUGAGCAGCGAUGGGAAUGUCACUUACCUUUUGUUCAAUUAUGCGGAUAUCAACUGGACAACGGGCACAGCCGCUGGGGGAGCAAGUCAAAUAGGAUUGGGAGGCAUGUCAGUGCUGGCCGGCAUUAACAGUGGGAAGAACACCGGCUACUAUAAACUUCCUGGGUCCUUCUCCUCUGGUGUCAUCAGUUUGUCAUCAACAAGCAACGUUAACUUUACUGGGUGCUGGAGUUUCAAGGUCGACAAGCUGAUUCUGGCAGGUCCCAAUGGGAUACUAGAUGCUUCAGUUUAUUUCCCCAGAAUACUAAAAUCUGGAUUCUGCUCUGAAAUGAGAAGGAAAAGUAAAAACUUAAGUAAACUUAAUCAGAAAGCUCUAUGUAAAUACAGCCAUAAACUCUCAAAGAAAAGCUGCACUGAGUCCUUUAUCAAAAGAAACAGGAUUUCUUUUCUUCUUUCGUGUACACAUGUUCCUUGGUAUCCGACUUCCUCUCUCAGAAAAAUCAUUCAGGGCAUGGCACAAGUCUGUACAGAUUGCUCCUCUCUUCUCUCUCCCCCUCUCCUCUUUGCUCUCUCCCCCAACCAUCUCUGCUGUAAUCUGAGCUACCAGCAGCCAGACCUGCAGCAUGGAAAGUACUGAGACCAAGCUAAAAUGGCAGCUGCUAUCUUAAACAAACAGAGGGAGCUUCUAUGACUGUUACUUGGGUAUCGUAAAGUUUUCUGCAGAAUAAAUAUAGCAUUGUAGCUUGCCAAAAUUCCUUUCCAUCUCCUUUAUCAUGCAUCAGGGCAAUAUCACCCAAGACUAUUCAAUGACUCACUGACAGAAAUUUCUCCAUGCUUGUACUCCUGGAUCCCACCAAAAUCGCUGACGACAUGGACAACCCGAUGCAUCUACAAACCAUCUGGUAAAAAGCCUUCAUGAGUGAAAAGUGACCAAUCAUACACAAAACUAGCUGUCCAUGGUCAACAUUUUGUGGCCAGAUGGAGAUAAGAGGGUCCGUUGCUAUAUGCUCACUGGUUUUAGCUCCACUGACAGGUACAGGAGAAUAUUCUUCAUGUGCCCUUGCCCAAAGGGAUGAAAUAGUAUCCUCUUUCUGUGGGGAGGAGUAUGGAAAAACAAUGGCUAAAGUCCAUUUUGAAAGAGGGGCAAAUGUGUCCUGAAACCAAUUUCAAACCUUUUUAAUUCUAAAGGGAGGACCAACAUAUUUGUAAUGCAUUCCAGAGUCUUAUGGAAUGAUUAGCCCCAUUGGAUUUGUGUUACCUGGAGGAACAUUAAGAUCAAGGACUACAUUAUAUCUACCUAUCUGUAUCUUGGCUACACAUGGACUAUCUUUGGUACAAGUUGGUGAUCUGAAAUGUUAUGAACUUGUGUCAUAAAAUGGCACCAACAUUUUGUGUUGAUCAUUGAAUAAAAUGUAUUUAAAAUUAUA